AUGGCUGGAAGACGCUGGCAAGUGGAGAAUACUGUAAGGUUUACUAUUUUAUUUCACAUAUUAAUAAUGGCCCCCAUUAGAGCAGAUCCAGAGACCAGACUUUUGUCGUACCUAUGCAGUAACGGCCCCCCCAACAACGCAACCGUCUUUCAGCAAAUUUUGAACUCCGCGCUAGCAUCUGUGAUGAAUGAAGCUGCUUCAUCUGGAUUUGCUACAAAAGACGAGGAGACAUCUUCAGACACAACAACGGAUUCAGUAUACGUUCUGGCGCAGUGCAGAAAGGAUAAGUCCUCUGCCGAUUGCAUUAGCUGCAUUAAAGUUGCAGAGAACCAAAUUCACAACUGCUCUGGUGUGUCCGCCACUGCAUACUACGACGGCUGUUAUCUGCGUUACGAGAAUUUCAAUUUUUAUGAUCUGCGUUACUAUAGAUACAAUUCUUAUGAUCUAUACAAUCAUGUCACACCACAAGAGCUUUGUGGCAAUGUCGACGCCGCCAAUUCCGAUUUAAUUUCGGCAACUGGUGGAAGUUUGAUCAGUGAUCUUUGCACUGCAACUCCUCGACUAAAAUAUUAUUUUGCUGCGGGGACUAGACAAGGGCCGUCUAACACCACUAUCUAUGGACUUGCCUUCUGUUUGCGUUCCCUUCAAGAGGAUUCCUGCAAAAGUUGCCUCAAUAUUGCUCAGCGCAACAUAAAUAAGUGUUUUCCUCACUCCGAGGGACGGGCUAUAGACGCCGGCUGCUACUUGCGAUACAGUUCCGAACCCUUUUUUCCAAGCAAUGCGACUGUCGACCUGGCACCUUUCUUACCCACAGGGAAGUCGGCGAGUUCUCCAAGGUCGAUAAUACUUUGUGUUGUGGGAGGGGUAUUCCUGCUUGGCCUUCUAACUUGUCUCCUUGUCUUCCGGAAGCAGAUAAUGCGGCCAAGCCAGAAAAAAGCGGAUAUUGAAGGAGCAACGGAUCUCCGUGGGCCAGAAGAUUUUGAGUUCAAGAUACUGAAAAAGGCAACUAACAAUUUUGAUCAAGCAAAUAAGCUUGGACAAGGAGGAUUUGGUGAAGUAUUUAAGGGUACGUUGAAAAAUGGCAAAGUUGUGGCAGUAAAGAAGCUGACAUUAGGUCACUCUACCCGUGCAAUUUCUGAGUUCGAAAGUGAAGUGAGACUCAUUUCCAAUGUUCAUCACAGAAAUCUUGUUCGUUUACUCGGAUGUUGCAGACAAGGCCAAGAAAGACUCCUGAUUUAUGAGUACAUGCCCAAUAGCAGCCUUGACAGAAUAUUAUUUGGGAAAAAAAGAAGACUUCUGAGCUGGAAGGAAAGGUUCAACAUUAUCCUGGGCACAGGGCGUGGUCUGGCCUAUCUCCAUGAGGAAUUCCAUGUUUGUAUCCUCCAUCGUGAUAUUAAAUCAAGCAAUAUAUUACUUGACCACAACUUUCAGGCAGAAAUAGCAGAUUUUGAGCUGGCCAGACUUCUUCCGAAUGAUAAAAGUCAUGUUAGCACAAGAGUUGCAGGAACACUAGGAUACACAGCUCCUGAAUAUGCUAGCCAUGGGCAAUUAACAGAGAAAGCCGACACCUAUAGCUUUGGUGUGGUGGUUCUUGAAAUUGUUUUAGAGGUAGUGGAAAAUGAAAAGGAGAUGGAAGGGUAUAACGAAGAAGAGGUGUUGAGGGUGAUAAAUCUUGCGCUUCUAUGCAUACAAGAUUCUGCUAGACGUAGGCCAUCAAUGUCUGAGGUCGUGACAACACUAUUAAAUAAAGAUGAGAUUGAUUUUCAGAAAUGUCUGCAUACAUCUUUCGUAGACAUGACGUUCAACGAAUUUACAGAAUCCAAUACAGCAGUUACAAAAUCUCUUAGUUCUCGCUAG